AUGGAUCUGCCGCAGCAGGUUCGUACGGAUCUUUACAACAAGAUCCCUCUCGAGAUCAGGAAGUGGGGAACGCUCAAAGUGUGGCUUGCGGAGAACAACAUUCCUCCCCGCGUGCGCAAGCAGCUAGGGGCACUCCAAAAAAAGCAAUAUAAAUUGAUUCGUCACCGACGUGCUAAGAUGCCACUAGAUCAACAUCCAAAGGGAGAUCAAGAAGAGCAGCAGCAGUUGUCAUCUCAACAGGAACAGCAACCUCAGCAGUCGCAAGAGCCUGGCCAGAACGAUGCCGGGCCUGAUUCGCAAAUGGUUCAAUCACUUGCUUUUGAACCUUGGGGGUCGGAAUCACGCCAGAUGGCUCAGAGUUCGCCAGAGCCUCGUAAGGAAGGUCUCAACAUUAUGCCGCUGCUCAAUGACGAUACUCCUCCCGCACAGCCCAAGGAAGUAAAUAGCAGGCCCGGAACUCCAGAAGAUUACUUUUCAUUUAAGCCAGGCCCUAGUGAUUAUAUUAGGUGA